CUUUUCUCGAGCAGGAGUGUCGCGGAACUGGAGCGCUGAAGCUCGAGGGUUAGGGUUUGAAGCUCGAAAUGUCAGCAGCUAUGGAGUCAGUUCAAUGUUUCGGUCGCAAGAAGACCGCCGUGGCGGUCACAUAUUGCAAGCGUGGACGUGGUCUGAUCAAAAUUAACGGUUGCCCAAUCGAACUUGUGGAGCCUGAAAUUUUGCGGUACAAGGCCUUCGAGCCAAUUUUGUUACUGGGACGUCAAAGGUUUGCUAAUGUGGACAUGCGCAUUCGUGUGAGGGGUGGAGGAUUCACUUCUCAGAUCUAUGCUAUUCGUCAGAGCAUUGCCAAGGCUCUGGUUGCAUUCUUCCAAAAGUAUGUCGACGAGCAGUCCAAGAAGGAGAUCAAGGAUAUCCUACUACGGUACGACCGAACCUUGCUAGUGGCUGAUCCCAGGCGCUGUGAGCCAAAGAAAUUCGGAGGACGGGGAGCUCGCUCGCGUUUCCAGAAGUCCUACCGUUGAGUGGUAUUUGUUGCGGCUUUUUACCCGCUGCGUUCUUCAGGGUUUGGUUGGAGGAACGCUGGUCUUCCAACCUGGCUUCCAAUGUUUUACACAGGAUUGGGACGUUAGUUGUUACAUAGGAAGAUCGAAGCAUUUUCAUAGCGAGUAGAUUGAAAGUGGACUGGAGCACAUCUGCCCCUCUGUUCUUAAUCAAUUUCUCAUGAGGCGAUUUUGUUCAAAUGGAGUAAACCGGGAGGAAACUAAAAGCAUCAGGUGCUCUUCUUGUAU